AUGAAAGAUUCAAAGAAAACUUCUCAGCCAAUAACUAGCCAGUACACUUUGACAAAGGAACAAUGUCCUAAGACUGAAGCAGAGAAGGAAGCAAUGAGUAAAGUGCCUUACUCAAGUGCAGUUGGGACUAUUAUGUACUUAAUGGUUUGUACAAGGCCAGAUCUGGCCUUUGCCAUAAGUACUUUGAGCAAAUACAUGGCAAACCCAGGAAAGAUUCAUUGGCUUGCAAUGAAAUGGGUUUUCAGGUACCUAGUAGGGACACCUAAGGUUGGACUCAUCUACAAGCAACAGAAGUUCAGCACCAACAUAGAAGGAUACAGCGAUGCCGACUAUGCCGGGGACAGAGACAGCAGAAAGUCUACUUCAUCUUACAUGUUCCUACUUGGAGGAAACUGUGUGAGUUGGAAAGCCCAACUCCAACCUGUGGUUGCACUUUCAACAACAGAAUCGGAGUACAUAUCAACCACAGAAGCUAUUAAAGAAGCCAUAUGGAUGAAAGGACUUUUGACAGAGAUUAAGUUACUUAAAGAGGUUCCUAGAGUGUACUCGGACGAUCAAAGCCGUGUACACUUAUGUAGGAACCCUGUGUUCCAUGACCGAACUAAACAUAUAGAGAUUAAAUACCACUUUAUAAGGGACAAGGUGACUCGAGGUGAAAUACAAGUUUGGAAAAAGUUCCUGCGAGGAGAACCCGGCGGAUAUGGGAACUAA